AGCGGAAAAGCGCCAUCUCAUUCUUCUUCCUCCAUCUUGUCUCUACUUGCCCCGCGCCGGGGAGCCGCGAGCGUCGCGCCACUCCCAUCGCCUGCCCACAACUCCGGCAUGGAGCCGUCGGCGUGGGCCGUCGCCUUCGCCGCACUCUGCAUCGUCGCGCUCGCGCCGCCGGCCUCAGGGUUCUACCUCCCCGGCGUCGCGCCCAAUGACUUCGAGAAGAAAGAUCCACUUCCUGUGAAAGUCAACAAGCUGACCUCAAUCAAGACACAACUUCCCUACUCCUACUAUUCUCUCCCAUUCUGCAAGCCGGAUACCAUAGUUGACAGUGCAGAAAAUCUCGGUGAAGUUCUUCGUGGAGAUCGCAUUGAAAACUCUCCCUAUACGUUUGAAAUGAGGGAGCCUCAGAUGUGUCAAGUAGUCUGCAAGAUAUCUGUUGGGGAGAAAGAAGCAAAGCUUCUCAAGGAGAAGAUUGAAGAUGAAUACCGUGUUAACAUGAUUCUUGACAACCUACCUUUAGUCGUUCCUAUUCAAAGAGUGGAUCAAGAAGGUGCAUAUUUCUAUCAACAUGGAUUCCAUGUUGGGGCCAAAGGAAAAUAUUCAGGGAGCAAAGAUGAAAAAUACUUCAUCCACAACCAUCUAUCUUUUACGGUGAAAUAUCACAGGGAUGAGCAAAGGGAUGUUUCCAGGAUUGUGGCCUUUGAAGUGAAACCAUACAGCGUUAAGCAUGAAUAUGAAGGGCAAUGGAAUGAUAAGAAGACCCGCCUGACAACGUGUGACCCUCAUGCUCAACGUAUCAUUACUUCGUCCGAGUCUCCUCAGGAGGUCGAAGUUGGCAAGGAUAUCAUAUUUACUUACGAUGUGGAUUUCAAGGAGAGCGACAUCAAGUGGGCAUCUCGGUGGGACAGCUAUCUAUUGAUGACAGAUGAUCAGAUCCACUGGUUCUCUAUUGUGAAUUCUCUCAUGAUUGUUCUCUUCCUUUCUGGAAUGGUUGCAAUGAUCAUGCUUCGUACCCUUUACCGGGAUAUCUCUAAGUAUAACCAACUUGAGACUCAGGAAGAGGCCCAGGAGGAGACUGGAUGGAAGCUUGUUCACGGCGAUGUUUUCAGGCCUCCGUCAAACUCAGACUGGCUCUGUGUUUAUGUUGGCACCGGUGUGCAAUUCUUUGGCAUGCUGCUUGUCACUAUGGUAUUUGCGGUUCUUGGCUUCCUUUCUCCAUCGAACAGGGGUGGACUGAUGACAGCCAUGCUCCUGCUCUGGGUGUUCAUGGGGUUGCUUGCUGGCUACUCUUCUUCACGUCUUUACAAACUGUUCAAGGGCUCAGAAUGGAAGAACAUCGCCUUGAGGACAGCCUUCACUUUCCCUGGCAGUGUGUUUGCUAUUUUUUUCUUCUUGAAUGCUCUUAUCUGGGGGCAAAAGUCCUCAGGUGCUGUUCCAUUCACCACCAUGUUUGCUCUUGUCCUCCUUUGGUUCGGUAUUUCAGUACCUUUGGUUUUUGUUGGAAGCUUCCUUGGCUUCAAGAAACCUACCAUUGAAGAUCCAGUGAAGACAAACAAGAUACCAAGGCAGAUCCCUGAGCAGGCCUGGUACAUGAACCCAAUCUUCUCGAUUCUAAUCGGAGGGAUCCUUCCAUUUGGUGCUGUCUUCAUCGAACUCUUCUUUAUCCUUACUUCCAUCUGGCUGCACCAGUUCUACUACAUCUUUGGGUUCCUCUUCCUUGUGUUCCUGAUUCUCAUCGUGACAUGUGCUGAGAUCUCGAUUGUCCUAUGUUACUUCCAGCUCUGCAGCGAAGAUUACCUGUGGUGGUGGAGGUCGUACUUGACUUCUGGUUCCUCUGCACUCUACCUCUUCUUGUAUGCAACCUUCUACUUCUUCACAAAGCUUGAGAUCACCAAGUUUGUCUCAGCUGUUAUGUACUUCGGUUACAUGCUCAUUGCCUCGUACGCCUUCUUCGCCUUGACCGGCACAAUCGGAUUCUAUGCUUGCUUCCUGUUCACAAGGCUGAUUUACUCAUCGGUCAAGAUCGAGUAAGGUGAAGUGCACUCUUGCCUAUUUCUUUGUUGCCACGAAGAAAGAAGUAUUCUAUGGAUAGUGAAUUCUACAGGACUGCUGAGUUUAGCUGCAAGUGGGCUCGUUUUGAGUUUUCAAAGCUGGUAGUUAUGAUGAAGAUGCGAUUCAUUACCGUAUGAUUCCGGUAUUAUAGCUAGCUCAGUAUGUUUCUGUUUUUCUUUUGUUUUUUUUUGUUUUCGGGCUGUGCCCGACCGUGAGGAUAUAUGCUUAUCAAGAGCUUGACGCUGAAAGAAUUGUAUACGGGUGCUGAGUAAUCUAUCUCUUGUUCCUCUCAGAAUUUAUGUACUUGUUGAUGUGCACUGUGACGUACAUGAUAUACAUUUAUAGCUACCGGCUCGGCGGCUCCUGUUUC